CCCCGCCGCCUGAGCCCCGACAGCGAGUCCGCAGGCGCCAUGGGCCGCGGGGCCUGCGUCCCAUCAGCGGCGUCGGGGGCCCACGACCGGGCCCGCCUGCUCGGAGCCGUGCUGGGCGCGCUGUGCCUCCUCCCUACGCUCGUGCUGCUGGCCCGGUCGGGGGCCCUGGGGAACCGGCCCGUGGCGAGCGCAGCGCAGGGAGACGCUGUGCCCGCGACCGCGGGUGUGCUCGCCACCCCAAGCCUUGGCCCGCCGCACCCCCCGGCGCCCCGCAGACGCCGCUACACGCUGACCCCGACCCGGCUGCGCUGGGACCACUUCAACCUCACAUACAGGGUCCUCUCUUUCCCGAGGAACCUGCUCAGCCCCAGCGAGACCCGGCGGGGCCUGGCCGCCGCCUUCCGCAUGUGGAGUGACGUGUCCCCCUUCAGCUUCCGCGAGGUGGCCCCUGAGCAGCCCAGCGACCUCCGCAUAGGCUUCUACCCGGUCAACCACACGGACUGCCUGGUCUCCCCGACGCACCACUGCUUCGACGGCCCCACGGGCGAGCUGGCCCACGCCUUCUUCCCCCCGCACGGCGGCAUCCACUUUGACGACAGCGAGUACUGGGUCCUGGGCCCCACACGCUACAGCUGGAAGAAAGGCGUGUGGCUCACCGACCUGGUGCACGUGGCGGCCCACGAGAUCGGCCACGCGCUGGGCCUGAUGCACUCCCAGCACGGCCGGGCGCUCAUGCACCUCAACGCCACGCUGCGUGGCUGGAAGGCGCUGUCGCAGGACGAGCUGUGGGGGCUGCACCGGCUCUACGGCUGCCUGGACCGGCUGUUCGUGUGCGCGUCCUGGGCGCGGAGGGGUUUCUGCGACGCCCGCCAGAGGCUCAUGAAGAGGCUGUGUCCCAGCAGCUGCGACUUCUGCUACGAGUUCCCCUUCCCCACCGUGGCUGCCACCGCGCCGCCCCCCAGGACCAAAACCCGGCUGGUGCCCGAGGGCAGGAAUGUGACCUUCCGCUGCGGCCAGAAGAUCCUCCACAAGAAAGGCAAAGUGUACUGGUACAAGGACCAGGAGCCCCUGGAGUUCUCCUACCCCGGCUACCUGGCGCUGGGCGACGCGCACCUGAGCAUCAUCGCCAACGCCAUCAACGAGGGCACCUACACGUGCGUGGUGCGCCGGCGGCAGCACGUGCUCAGCACCUACUCCUGGCGCGUCCGCCUGCGGAGCUGAGCGCCGCCCGCAGGGCUGAGGAUGCUGAUAAAGCACUUUCUCUCUCAA